AUGGCCAUUGAUCAGCAGCAAAUCACCCUCAAAGUCUUUGUAAACAAGACCAAGAACUGCGUAGCUUUCGUUGAAUCGGACGCAGAUUUCGUAGAUGUUCUGCUAAGCUUCCUCACGCUGCCUGUUGGCACGGUCGUCCGUCUGCUCAACAAGCAGUCGUCCCUGGGCUGCUUCGAUAAGCUUUACCAAGGCGUCGAGCAGCUUGAUGAGAAAUGCCUUGCGACGGAAGCUUGCAGAUCGAUGUUGACAAAGCCGGUGAACUCAUCUGGAAUAAAAUGCCAGAAACUUAAGAUUAAUAUUGAUGAAAUGGGAGAGCUAUAUAUAUGCUUAUCUUAUUGCUGCUUUAAUCGUUCGUUGAGCUAUUACUCAGGCCUCGAAUGUCAGUGUGGUUAUGACGUGAAGAAGGCAAUUACAUAUGAUCUGAAACGAGAUGAUGAUAAUUAUGAAAAUUUUCAACGCGUAUUCGUCAAAGGGGAUAAAUUUGUUGUUACGGAAGCUCUUUGUAUAGCUUCCGUUGAGGAGCUCAUUUUGAAUUUAAAUGAGGGUGGCAAUGGUGAUUGUAACCAUCUGGAAGAGAGAUCGGUAAAAAUUGAACGAGAACAGGUUUUACUUAUUCUUAAAAGGUCCCUUAUUUCCGACACUCCGUUAACUGAUGUUUUAUUGCACAAUGGAGGAAACAUGACGACGCCCAAGGUUUCAGUCCCUUCGAUUGAAAAAACGGUUGAAAAAAAGGCGUUUGAUGAGGAGAAGAAGAUCUACAAAUUGAACAUGGCUCUGACUAGUAACAAGGUGUUGUAUGCUGAGGCGAGUCAGGACUUCGUUGAUUUAAUUUUCAGUUUUCUCACAUUUCCAUUGGGUUCUCUGAAGAAGCACUUGGGCAGUCGAUUCCGGAUUGGAUCUCUUAAUAACUUAUAUGGUAGUGCAGAGCGUUUGCGGUCAUCAGGUUGCAUGGUUGAAGGCUGCGAAGAGAGACUGCUUAAUCCUAAGCUUGCGCCAUAUUUCAACUGCAAGAAUCAAGCCAUUGGAGUGGAGGAGGAGAAGGCAGUUAUCUAUUAUACAUGUUACUACUGCUGCAAACUAAGCCACACGAGUUUCAUCUGCAAAUCACAUGGCUAUGAUGCCAUGCAUGCGCAUCAGGCAACACUUAUAGACCCCAAAAGUCAACCCAGAGGAACAAUUUCUUCGCAUGGAAGCUAUUGUCAGGAAUUAAGGUACAUGGUCACCGACGAACUCGUAGUCACCCCACUAUCCCUCACGGAAGUCAUUUCAAUUCGCAAGGAUAUCUUUGAUCCAAUCAAGAUGGCAGAGUUGAGCUUAGCUGAAGAGGAGGUUCUUGAUUUUCUUGCUGUUGCUUUGACGUCCAACACAGCGCUAACAGACGCUUUCUUAGCGAGGACUAGUGUUGGUGUGUUCGCUUCGGAGUUCGGAGGACGUACGAGAAUGGUGAAUGUUGCAUCAGAAGGAGAAGAGGGUUGGAAGUAA